CCUCCAACGCACACGUUCGUUUAGGAGCGUAAGACUGCGGAUACGGGGUGACGUGUACAACUGACGCAGAUAAAGAGGGCCCGCUCUCAAUGGAGUUUUCUGGAUCACCCCGGGUUUCCAUUUGAGAACAGUUCUGUCUCAACGGAGAGAGAGAGAGAGAGAGAGGAGAGUCGGUUUCACUUUUUCGCUUCCUUUCCUUCCAUUUCUCCUCACAGCCGAACACGCUCUGUUUCGUUAUAAUUUAUCAAGUCAACAUAGUCUAUUUGUUUAUUUUAUGGUAUUAUUUGAAGGUAGAUUCGCAAAUGCAAUGCACGUUUCCGAGUAGAAAAAAAGAUUUGCAAAUUCUCUUUUUACGAGAAUUUUCUGAUUUCGGUUGCUGCGUUUCUUUCAUUACUCACGAAGGUUUUGUUGUUAAAUAUAAACGUGUUAUUGAAUGGAUGCUUUGCUUGAUUGUUGAAUUGCGUUAUGAGUUCGAUCGAUAUGGGGUCUGCAGGGGGUGUUUGAUCUAAAAUGCUGAUGUUCUGGGAGAUGAUUCUGUGAUUUGGGAUCAGAGGAUGACUACGCGAAACGCGGAAUCGUCUCAGGGAGAUGGCGGCAUUCCUCCUCCACCCCCUGGCCCGCCCGAUCAUCUGAGCUCUCACGGUGGCAAUACGAUAGUGAUUUGCUUGUCCCUGGUUGUAUUAUAUGUCCCAACGUUCCUAUGGGGUGAAGAUUUUGUAUCAAAAUCCAUUUGAGAUAACUCUUUAUACAUGCAAGAAGCUUCAGGUUUAGCUUUCUAGUGCAUCUAACUGAAGCAUUCGAGACAUUCUUGCUGGUCAUGGUUAACAGAGACACAAGAGGAUGAACAUUUUGUUUUUUGGAUUUUUAGUUUAACAUGGUUUUCAAGAGCGGGCCACUUUUAAUAUCAUCCAAAGGAAUUGGAUGGACAUCUUGGAAGAAAAGGUGGUUUAUUUUAACAUGCAACUCCCUUGUUUUCUUCAGAAGUGAUCCGAAUGGUGUCCCUCAAAAGGGGAGUGAAGUGAAUUUGACUCUUGGUGGUAUUGACCUCAACAAUUCAGGCAGUGUGGAGGCCAAAGCAGAUAAAAAACUCCUGACUGUGCUGUUUCCUGAUGGUCGUGAUGGAAGAACUUUCACGCUUAAGGCUGAAACAUUGGAUGAUUUAUAUGAGUGGAAGGCUGCGCUUGAGAAUGCUUUGGCUCAAGCACCAAGUGCCGCUCAUGUGAUGGGGCAAAACGGUAUGUUCAGGAAUGACCAGACUGAUUCAGUUGUUAAUUCUUUUGGCCAAUUGAAGGAUAGACAAUCUGUCAAAUCUUCAGUUGUUGGAAGGCCCAUUUUGCUUGCUUUGGAAGAUGUUGAUGGAACUCCAUCUUUUUUGGAAAAAUCCCUUAGGUUUAUAGAAGAGUAUGGGGUCAAAGUAGAAGGGAUCUUGCGACAAGCCGCAUAUGUUGAUGACGUUGAACGUCGAGUUUGGGAAUAUGAGCAAGGAAAAAUGGAGUUUUCACCAGAGGAGGAUCCACAUGUUGUUGCUGAUUGUGUCAAGUAUGUGCUCCGGGAGUUGCCAUCUUCUCCGAUUCCUGCAUCUUGCUGCAAUGCACUGUUAAAAGCAUGUCGAACUGAUCGUGGUGUUAGAGUCAAUGCUAUACGUGCUGCAAUAUUUGAGACAUUCCCGGAGCCUAAUCGUCAUUUAUUGCAGAGAGUACUUGUGAUGAUGCAAACUGUAGCUUCUCACAAAGCUGAGAAUCGAAUGAGCUCCUCAGCCGUCGCUGCUUGCAUGGCACCCUUGCUUCUGCGUCCACUAUUAGCUGGUGACUGCGAAAUAGAACAUGAUUUUAAUGUUGGUGGUGAUGGUUCUGCCCAACUUCUGCAAGCAGCUGCUGCAGCUAACCAUGCUCAAGCGAUAGUUAUUACAUUAUUAGAGGAGUAUUAUAACAUAUUCAGGGAAGGUUCCAUGUCCCCUGAAAUGUACAGUGACUCAGAAGAGAGUGGAAGUGAGAGUGAGGAGGCAACUGAUGCUGAUGAGUCUUAUGAAGGUGAUGCAACACAGGAGUCUGAUGCAGAUGAUGAUCUUGAAAAUGCCUCAAGUGAAUCAUGUGGCGAGAGUGGUAACUCUAAAAACAAGGAUUUUUGUGAUGCUAAGGAUUCUGAUUCAGAUUUGGGUUCUAAGUCCCCAGGAUUAGGUGAUGCUUCUGGAACCAGUCAGAAGUUGUCAUCAAAUUUAUUUGAAGCUUCACUGCAUCAACAUGCUGUUCUCCAAAUUAGUGGGAAUCAUCCCAAUCAAAGCAAUAGUAGUUCAGCAAAGCAGGCUACUGAGUCUGCUGAAACACUACGAGAUGUUUCUAAAGAAACAUUUUUGAAUCCCACGUGUGCUCGUCCUACUCCAACCUCUUGCAUUAUAACAUCUACAACCAUAUCCAAUGGAUCUGCACAUUGUCGUAGGAGUCGUACCUUGUGGGGAUGUAAUGCUGCAAGGAAGAACCUUUCCAUGGAAUCCAUUGAUUAUACUGUAGAAGAUGAAGUUGAAAUCCAGAGACUUGAAGCCACUAAAAUAGAAUUGCUAAACAGAAUUGCAGAAGAGACUAAAGGAAAUGCAGUUCUGCAAGCCAGUCUGGAAAGGCGAAAGAAGGCUUUGCAUGAGCGUCGCCUAGCUCUUGAGCAAGAUAUCGCAAGACUACAGGAGCAGUUGCGAAAGGAAAGAGACUUGCGGACAACUCUUGAAGCAGGAAGUGUGCAUUUACCUGUUUUAGCCACUACUGAUGAAAAGACUAAGGCAGAGCUUGAGGAAAUAGCUAGGGUGGAGGCUGAUGUCAUCAAUUUGAAGCAGCAUGUUGAUAAGCUAGAAUCACAGCUUAAUCAUGAAUGCAAACAGAACUAUUGUUCUAUGCAUGCUUCGUACAAUCAACCCCAACAAACUCCUAAUCAUCAAGAAAAAAUGAAAGAUAAACAGAAGGAUACCGAAGCCAUGGCCGCUUCACUUGUUGAAAGGUCAAGAAGUAAGGAAGCAAAUUCAACAACUUCUGCGCUGUCGAAGUUGACGAGUAGGCUGAACUUCAUGAAGGAACGGCGUAGCCAGGUAACAAAUGAACUCCAAAAGAUGGAGAAAGGCCGCAGAUCAGGUCAAGUUGGACAAAACUUGGACAAGGGUCAAGGAUUUGAAGUUCAAUCUGUCCCAGAUCUAGACGUAGGUGAAGAAGGAUUUGCUUAUUGCACAUUACCCGUGAAAUCCCACAAAGGUGGGAACUGAUGCCAAUCAUUUGCAAAUUCAGAAAGAUUUAAAAAAAUCAGGGCGGUCAACCAAGGCAGAGAUAGCAAAUAGAUUAGUAGGUCAGUAUCCCCUCGGCCUGGACGGUAAAAUUAGAAGGCCAACUGUCUCAUAGUAUGAAAAAAAGGUCAAGGCUUCAGAGCACCAAUAUUUUUUUCCCCUCCCAAUGACAAUAUCUAGAAUCUAGAUGAUGCAUGGUCUCGUAUGACCAUUCGGUGAUUGUUUUGUGCAUUUGAUGUUCCUUUUUUCGACGACAAUAUGGUUCGAAUAACUUAGAGAGAUGAUGAAACUCAUCGGAUAGAAUCGGCACCAGUUUGAGUUUGGUGCCAAUUUCAAGCUCGAGCUUGAUCUUCACCCAAGCCUUACGAUGUACAGAUCAUCCAUCUCCUUGAUGAGAGCUGAAGCAUUUGUAAUUAUGAUGCCUGAACUUUGUUUGUUCAAAGGCAACCGGGUGUUUUCUUUUUAAUUCAACAUCCAUUCUUACUGGAGUUGCUUGGUGAUCUUAAGUUAAACCUGAAGGAGAAAAUCCUAGGUUCAAGCCCUCAUUUUUUUGGGUGAGGUUUGGGGGUCCGGGAUGUAUAAUUAGAGUAACAAAUAAGAUUACUUUUUUUUUUGGAUGCGUAUUUUAGCUGUCUCAUAAUAUAUGAUGCUUUUUCUUUUUC